GAGGAAGUAAAAUUGCAAAAUUUCCACCUACUUAAGAAAUAUUUUAUCUUGAUUAUUUUUACGAAAUCUUAUUAAAUCUAACAUCAAAAAAUGUUUCAAGAACCUGAAUACAGAGAAUAUAUAUCAUUGAUGUUAUCAGAGGUUUUAGAUGACAUUGGUGUCAAUGAAAGAUUGGUGAUGAGAAGGAGAAGAACAUACAUGCUGAGAGAGACUAUUGAUAAUAUCAGUAACAGGUUAACUGAUACACAUAUAACUACCUAUUAUCUAAUGAGUCAGAGUGAAGGUACCACUACUAUAGGACUUAAAUCAGACCUUGAUCGUCUAGCUUGUGUUCAUGAUUACAAUAUAAUACAAGACUGGUCAGAGUGGAAACAUGGUAAGGAAAACUACCUCAUGAUACAGGAUGAGAACACUACAUCUGGUUAUUGUUUCUUACAAAGUCUCAGAGAUGAUGAACCUCUUCCUCUUACUGUCAUUCCUGAUGAAGACCAUAUUACUGAUAGAAGAGGAAGAAUAUUGCUUAAAAACACAAUUAUAAAUGAUUUGCUUGAAGGUGCUGGUCAGCAGCAUGGACCAUCUAUUGCUCAACAAGGACAACUUGGAUUCUGUGAUCAAGACAAAGUUAUUGCUUAUCCAUUUAAAUCAUGGCCUCAGUCAGCAUCAGGUUGGUUAGAUUGACAAGGUAUUGGCAGAUGGCCAACACAAGAAAUGAGAAGAUAUGCAGCCAGUACUGGGUGUUUUGUUGUUGCAACUGGAAGUAAGGUCAGUGAAUAUCCUGAACUGGAAUGGAGAAUAUCUACAUCAUUGGCAGAAAGAUGUCUUAUUUUCAGUUUAAAUAUAACACAAUUAAGGUGUUAUGUGUUAUUGAAAAUGAUUCUUAAGUCCUUCCUUAAUCUUGAAGUGGAAGAUAAAUUCAAUAUAUCAAGUUUCAUGUGUAAAACAGUUCUAUUGGAUUGUAUCGAAAACACAGAAUCAAGUAUAUGGAAAGAUAACAAUUUAUUUACAUGUUUAACAUACUGCUUAUUGGAAUUACACGGUUGUGUACAGAAUGACUAUUGUUCACAUUUCAUUAUACCAGAAAAUAAUUUGAUGGCAGGGCAAUUUACAGCUGAGACAAAACAUGAACUUUCAAAAAAUAUUUGUCAACUUAUACAGAAUGAUAGUCAUCAGUUACUAAGUAUUGAUAUUGAUCAUAUUGGCCAUAGACUUCAAGUUAAACUGAACAGGAUACCACAUGGCCUUUACUUUUUUCCAUCUCCUCUUGAAAUAUAUGAAGAAGUUCUGACCUGACACUACAUAAACAUUGCAGAAGACAUUAGUUUCUUCCAUCAGCUUGUUUUAAAAGAUUUACACAAUGAAAACAUUAGAACAAUGAAAAAACAUAUAGUUAAAUUGAAGAACUUCAGUGAUAAUGGUAACAGAUUAGAACAGGUUGCAGUCAAGCUUCUAGCACCUUUUCUUUUUACCACAUAUGGAUCUAUCCUAGCAUCAUCAUCAGACAUUGGUGAUAAUCAAAUCUCACCUGAAUCAUUGGUUUGGCUAUCAGCUGGUUUAAACUCAGAUAUCUCAUCUAGCAGACUUAAAUUGGCCUCAGUGUUCUACAAUACAGGAGAUAUGGAGAAAGCUGAACUAGUUCUGAGACACAUUGAAAAACAAUAUUUCUCUCAUCCUGUUUUACCUAUCUGUAGCUGCUGGGAGAAUCCUACAUCAGCAGUAACAGCAUAAUUCAAGAGGGUAUGUGGUGAGCAAAGUGAGGACUGUAUCAAACAUAUUACAGCAUUUUGUGUCAAAUUUAUACUGAAAGAGAUGAAUUGUAUUCCUCAUGAACUAAAAUAUGAAAUGUUCAUGAUACACAGAGAUAACGAUGAAGACUGUUGGAUGGACUGGGCUGUAGUUGAUUCUCUACCUCUUCUGUACUUCCUACAAUAUAAGAUCUACAGUCGUUUACAAAGACAUCAAGAUCAACAACAAGCACUUAAUAAACUUAUAAGAACCAUAGUAACUGAUAAAAACCUUGGACAUAGAGAAACAGCUCUAAACAUCUUAGGACAAUGUAUGGAACAAGAAAACAGACCUCAGCAGGCAUUAAGAUGCUACCUGCUUUCUCUACAACAAAGGACAAGAAACAAUGCAGCAAACUUCCACAUAAGUAAGCUCCUUUCUGGCUUAAUGGUAAGCCAAUAAAAUAGGAUCAGAAGAUAAGAAAGUAUAAAGACUUUAGUGUUCAAUUAUCAUAUUCUGCAUGUAUGUAUGAAAGUGAUUCAAAUGCCAAAACAUAAGCGUGAAAUCAUUCUUUUUAUUACAUAUUAAUUAUGAAAUACCAUUGAACAUGUUAAAUUGAAAGAAUAAAUCCAGGUUCAAUGAAUAUCUGAUUUUACAUUUGAAUAAAAAGAGCCUAUUGUGGAAAGAACCAGUAUUGCUCAUGAAAAUAAAUUUUAAAUUUUGGUUUAUAAGGUGAAGUUUUUACCAAGCUUUUUCAUACAGUAGUCAAAACAGUUUAAGAGCUGUCACCUAUAGUCUUCUAUUGUUGAAAAUAAUUUGUAAUUAAAAGUCUUGUUUUUAUAUAUGUACCAUGUUGUUUUUAUAUAUGUACCAUGUAUAUACAUGAAUACUCUUGUUCUUAUUUAUU